GCUUAGGAUAUGAUUCAUUAUGGUAAAUCUCGCAGACACUACAGGGAUACCCCCUUGUUUAUCUUCUAAGCAUGAAAUUUCAUUAAAAUCCCCAAGGAUUAUAAAAGGGAGAUUAAGCGUAAGAGUAUAAGCAAUAAGUUCUGACCAGAAUUCGUUUUUAAACUCUUGUUUAGCUGGGGCAUACACAAAUAUGGCAACAUAUUUAAUACUAGAGGUAAGGUCAAAAAAUAAGGUGGACAGAAUAAACUUCAUAUACUAAAAAUAAAGAAAAAUAUAUUCCUUUUUUUCUAUCUUAAAUUAAAUUAAGAUUUAGUCUUCUAGAGAAGACUUUCUAAGUACUCUUUUUUUUUUUUUUUUUUUUUUGAGGGGACUUUCUAAGUACUUAUUUUGUCCUUUCUUUUCUUAAUUAAAGGCUUAAAAGAAAAAAAAAAAAAAAAAAACAGACAACACAAUACCUAGGUGAUGAUCACCAAAAAGAUUUGUAACGUAACGCUCCUGUGUCCUCUCCGCUCCAAAAAGCGGCUCUCGAAAUUUUCAAAAACCAGAAAUUUGGACAAUUUCACCCUUCGCAAUUCUUUCCUUAACUUAACUUAUCCAACCGUUACUAAAGCCUCAACUCAAAAGGGCUUUUCCGCCUUUCCACUUCUCUUUUUUCUAUCUCUCCUCAUUUCUCUCGUUUCUUCACAAAAUCAUUUCUACAAUUAAAACUCACAAAAAAGCUGCUGCUUUCUUCUUCUUCUAAUAAUAAUUCCUUCUUUACACUCUCACAGUAAUCGCCGCUAUUUUUCCAACAUUUCAUUUCCUUGAUUAAUUUGAGUACACUAAAUUGACGAAUUUGGCUAUUGAAAAAGAUUCAGCUUUUCAAGGUUUUUGUGGCAUCUUUUAUGAAAAAGUCCACAAAUGAAGAAAUUAUUCUUUUUCCGAUCUUCAACCGAUAAGGCAGUUGGCUCAGAGAACUCACCCAAUGGUGGAUUGAAUGAUCAAUUGAAGAAGAAAGAUGAUGGCAAUUCCAGAAGCCUUAGGAGCUUACCUUUUGAAAAUCAAAAAAGUUUGUCUAAAAAUCGUGAUGUAGAUACUGACUUUGGUCUAAGAAGGAGCCAUUCUUUCUCUUCAGCUGCCUUUCUUGGUAACACAAGGGAAAGAAACUUAUCUUGUCUGAGUGACCGGAGUAGCUCUCCUUCUUCUAGUAGCAGUAGUGUUAAAGCACAGCAGCAAAAUCAAUCAUAUUGGUGUCACACGCUUACUCCAGAGAGGCACGUGAAGACAAAACGAAUUCCUGCAGUUCCUCUUAGUAGUGAUUAUGGAGGACGCCGACCUGUUGUUGCUCAAUCUUUUCAAGCUUCUGGUGACCGUUCACGAAAUUCUUCACUUAGCUCUAGUGAACAGUCCAAUGAGGUUCUUGACCUUUACAUUGAUGGAGAACAACAUCAUCAAAGGGGGAGUCCAAGGAGCAAAGCAUAUUCAAAAAAUCACACUAGAGCUGGUGGUGGUAAAAAGCUGCCAAGAGGUCAUGGUACAGCACCUGGUUCUCCAACUGGUAGUAUCAAAGAUAAUCCUAGAACUCGCUCAUUUAGAGGGGCUAAAGAAGUAGAGUGCUAUAUUUCUUCCAGAGAUUGGGUUGAAACUGGAUUUAGACAUGAAUCUCCCAAGGAACUGGCAAAGCAUGUAAUUGAAAAGCUGUGUCAGUCUAAGAAUUACUCAAGAACAAAUAUAAAUGAUCAUGAUCCUGAUGUUCCCAUAACGAUUGAAGAUGUCUACAAUGGCUCCUUGAACAAAAAUUCAGCCUUACAGUCAAAUGACCCAUAUCAUACAGAGUUUCGGUCGAAUGGAGUUUAUACAUCAACAAAUGGGCAUCAGGCUGGGAAUUGUCUAUGCCUUGAGCAUGAUAGUAUUUUCAGUGAUGAAGCAGGUCAUGAGGAUGAGUUGGAUGGGGAGUUGAAAUCUAAAUUUAAGGAAUCCCAGGACAGGAUUUUGCUGCUCUCAGAAGAGCUCGAACAGGAGUCAUUUCUUCAAGAUGUUGAAUUUAAUGUGCCAGCAUUGGUUCAGAGAAUUAGAAACCUGACUGAGGAAAAGAUAAGCCUAGAACUUGAGGUUUCUGCUGUUUUGGAAAGUCAGCUUGCUGACCGGACUUCUCUAAGAGAACAACUUAGGUCAGCAAAAUUAGAAUUGGAUUUACGGAUACGAAGAUUGCAAGAGGAAAAGAAUGAGAUGCAGUCAGCAUUGGAGAAGGAGUUAGACAGAAGAUCGAGUGAUUGGUCAUUAAAGGCGGAGAAAUACAAGGCAGAAGAGCAGAGACUCAGGGAGCGAGUGAGGGAGCUUGCAGAGCAGAAUGUAUCCCUGCAAAGGGAAGUGUCUUCCUUCAGUGAAAUGGAAUCAGAGAAGAUGAACACGAUAACCUUCUCUGAGAAACAGAUUAAGGAUUUGACUGCUAUGCUAGAGUCUGCUAGAGGGGAGACUCAAGUUCUUCACGGAAGUUUUUGCGAAUUACAAGAUAAAUACAAGAUAACUGAAGAAGAAAGAACUUGCAUUCAAAGGAGUUACAGACAGAAAGAGGCGGAGUGCAAGGAAUUGCAGUCAUGCGUAGCCAGGUUAUUCAGAACCUGCAGUGAACAAGACAAGACAAUAGAUGGCUUGAGAGGGGAACUUGUGGAGUUGGUCCAGAAAAAACAUCUAAUGGAGAAUUCCGACAAGCAUGUUCAGAAGCUACGGAUGGAGCAAAUACGGUUGACAGGAGUUGAGCAGGCACUAAGAAGAGAGAUUGAUUCUUACAAGAAGGAAGUUGAUUCUCUUCGGCAUGAGAAUGUUCACCUGCUGGAACGCCUAAAAGCCUGUGGGAAAGGAGGUGGCUCAAUAACAUUCAAGCUAGACGAGGAACUAUCGUCCCGUCUUCUUUGCUUGCAAAAACAAGGUCUAUCGUUGCUUAAUGAGAGCACCCAUCUUUCUUCGAAGUUACUUGAAUCUAUCAAAAAAACAGGUCAAAAUCGAGGAAAGGAUGGCAAAGAACCAAACUCAAAUUGGUUCGACACCCAAUUUAUCAUUGAAUCUGAUGUGAAAGUUCAAGGAUUCAGGCAAGGAGUAGAAAGCCUGGCGAGAGGUUUGCAGAAUAUUUCUGUAGCGCUUCAUGAAAAGGCUGACUUUGUUGCUUCAGAAUUCCAGUCACAAAGUGUGGAUGAUGGCAGAUAUGGUUUGCCGAAUGAGUUGGAUUUACAGGAUUUGACCAGAUCUGAGCUCAAAGCUGAAACAUUAUUAACAAGACUGUUGCGUGAUAAACUAUUUUCCAAAGACCAAGAAGUUGAACAAUUGGAAGCUGAGUUGGCAACUGCAGCAAGGGGCAAUGAUAUUCUUAGAUGUGAAGUCCAAAACGCUCAUGACUCUCUCUCUUGUGCUACACACAAGAUGAAGGAGCUUGAACUCCAGAUGAUGAAAAAAGAAGACCGAAUUAAUCAGCUUCAGAACGAUCUUCAGGAGAGCGUAAAAGAAUUGACAAUCAUUAGAGGGAUACUGCCAAAAAUUACUGAAGAGAGAGAUGGAAUGUGGGAAGAAGUGAAGCGGCAUACGGAGAAGAACAUGCUACUGAACUCGGAGGUAAGCAUGCUCAAGAAGAAAAUGGAGGCACUUGAUGAGGACAUACUUCUUAAAGAAGGUCAGAUCUCAAUCCUGAAAGACACUCUGGGGAACAAGUCAUUUGACCUUCUGUCAAGUCCUGAUCGAACUCACGAGUUCUUGCUGGAACGAUGAUCAAGGUAGCGAGACCUAUGCUUGGAUGAUAGAUAGGUUAUCAAUGUCCAUAGUGUUUAUAGUCCUUUCAUUAUUCUCAUAUUUCUCGACUAAGGUUUUUUUCUUGGUGGCCAGUGAAAGGUUUUUUUUAGCAUCAACCUAUAGUUGAUUUAUCAUUCCUGAUAUACACAAGGCUUACAUACUUUGUCAUGGCUAGACAAGUAAAGAAGUCUUUCAAUGUUUAAAAGGGCUCCGAAUUCGUGAACAGCAAUAAUUUCUGUGAUACUAGCAUAUGGUGUUGCCAUUAGUACUUGAUUUAAUUCUUUGUUCUUUUUCCACACUGUAAUUUGUAUAUCUGAUUCUUAAAAUUAGUUUAUAAGAGAACCAGUCUUUCUCUGUCAGGUGACUUUUAGAUGAUACUGGUACAGAAAGGAGUAAUUUUUUGUGGUCAUUUUGCAUUUGUAGAAUGGUUUGUUAUUGAUUGAUGUGUGAUAUUUCGAAUAUGCGAUUCUGCGUUAAUCGGAUAAUAGAACUGGAAAUGUCCUGACUAGUGACUAACACAAGAAUUUACGACAAGACAAUUAAGUAUUUGGAAUUUAAUGGAUAUCGCAGUAAAUAAUUUACGAGAAGAUAAUAAAGUAUUCGGAGUUUAAUGGAUAUCACAGUUAACAGUUAACACAGUACACCUAUAAAUUGCAAAAGUAUUGGAUCCCUACCAGAGUACCAGUGCAAUACAAGAUCAGUAGGAGAAAAAGUAAUGCUUUCUUGAUGAGCAUAUUUUCAUCUAAAUCAUUGUUUCUCAACGAUAAUAUUACACUACAACUCAUCACAAAAGAUAAAUAUGGUAACUUGUACAUUACGGAAAAAGUUGCAGCAAACUAUUUUAUAAAACAGG